AUGUACAAACCGGCACCACCGAGACCUAAAAAGACAAACAUCAUCCGCUCCCGCAAUGGCUGUAAAAGUUGCCGCAGUCGCAGAACCAAGUGUGAUGAGCGGAAGCCAAAAUGCGGAACCUGCGCGAGACUUGGAAAGAUCUGUGAAUAUGCUAGACCAGCUUUCAAAUUUCAAGUUACGACAGUCGACGACCCGAGACCACCACCAGAGCCACUAGCAACAGCAACAGCGUCCAAUGUGUCGUCAGAAGAGACAACCCCAACACCGGCCGGAGACCAAACUUCGGUCGUUCGAGCCGCACAAGAUGUUCCCUCUAUCGGAAGCUAUGACAUUAUCCGGUCAUUGCAAACGACGGACCGCGAUAUCUUCUAUACCACCUACUGGGAGGGCUCUUGCUUGCCAGCCUUGCACCCGAUAUUCAAAUUCGCCACCUCAUUGGCCGCUGGCCAUCCCAUUCUCAACGACGCCCUCCUAGCUUUAUCUGCCUGCAAUAUUGGCCGCAUUCAGGCCGAGCACAGAACAGAAUCGUCUGGGUUGAUGUGCUCAUUGAGUCCUAGUCUGGUUCACCAGACACGGAGUCAUCUAUACUACUCGUCCGCGAUCCAAAAGCUGGCCAUCAUGCAAUCACAAGACUACCAUCAGAACCCUACCACGAUCCUGAUUGUGCUUGUUCUGUUCGCUCAUCUAGAGCAAGCUAUGGGGAAUUUUCAGGGCUUCUAUACUCACGUCCGGGGCAUGAUGAAUCUUCUUGAAUGGCAUAACGGCGUCAAAGACGCAGCCAUCAAGUCGCUGCUUGCUUCAUGGAUGCAAAUCCGGUAUGUUGUCUGGUGGGCUCGGGCCUAUUUCAGUUCGAUAGAAGUUUGUCAGCAUCUCCCAUCGAUACCUUUACCGGCCUCCCUAUUAGACGUCCCGCAGACAUUGCAUGAGCGACGUGUGAAAGUUCUUAGCAUCAUGUGUGAAUCACACCGGUUGAAUUUCAACGCCGUGCUGCAGCAGUUUCGGAAUUUGCAGUCGAACGAUGCUAGUGGUUCCGAUGUCGACAAACGCUAUGUUUAUUGCACUGCUCUAUUGCAUCGAGAAGCGGCAAAGCUGGAUGCGUGGGUGUUGCAACUUCCGCCAUCUGAGCAGCCAAUAUACGAGCUCAACGACACAAACGGUACUACCAUCCGUUUUCAGUCCCACGAUGCCGCGCUGAACUACGCAUACUACGCGGUUGCGCGAGCCAUGCAGUGCACCGGGGUCUUACAACUCCUCUACAGUUCUGAUACCCCUCACCACGAACGGGAGUGUAAUGAAGAAGAGUAUUGGGUUCAGACAUUAGUCCGUAUUGCACAGUGGAGCGAUAUGCAGACAUCCAUCACCAAAAAUAGCUACACCAUCGGGUUCUCAGGCUUACUCCUGGCGGGUAUUCUCCGAUGCCAGAGUCUAUCAGUCGGGUUGGAGAUCCAGGACUGGUUACAGGCACUCAUAAACCUGCAACCAACAGAAGAAGGGGCAUUUCCGAUCUAUCAGACUUUUCAUGUGGUCAAGAUCAUCAAUCAACAGAGGGCAAUCGGCCGAGAUAUCUUUGCCGUCACUCAGCCGGUGGAUGAUGGAGGCGGAACGCCCAAGCUUACUGGCUACAACAGUCAGUCGAUCACAAGCCUUCUCUUCCAUGGGAAGUACCAGAAUUUGGAUUGCCUUUUCCAAGAGUGCAUCGCCCUGGAUGUUUGA